GGGUCAUGCAGUACUUGUCUUGCAGUCGCUGUAGCUAAUAAGUAGUAGUAAUAGUAAUAGUAGUAGUGGAACCUAACUAAAGUAAAUAAAACAGCACGACCAACUCUAAACGAACUUUAAGGAAUAACGGGAUAUGUAGAGAUAUGCAGGUCGGUGACACCAUGAUUAUUUUUUUUCUUUUUACAAAACAGAAGCGUCCUUCUUGUUGUCCAGUCUCGUUAAACAAGUAGCUAGUUCAGAUGAGCCUACACGACACUGAAUCGUUCCUUAACAUUCGCAAAGACGCCCUUCUGUUCCUUUAUGUAGAAAUCCAGCGCCUGGGUGUGCUCAGUCUGCUCAACGGUUUUCGAUCUUUCUGAAUUGUUUCUGAAGUAUUUCCCUACCGUGUGUGUUUCCACGGUCUACUGGGCAUAAUUAUUUUUGGUUUAAUCAAAUUACGCACCAUGCGUUGGAAUAAUGGGCUUGGGUUCACAUUUUCUGCGAUUCUAUAUGGAGAAUGUCAUUGGAUUGCUACUAAGUAAAAAAAAAAAAAAAAAAAGUUGCGAGUUUGGGGCUUCCGCAUUCAGCGCCAUAGCUGAGGUCUGGGAAAGGGGGCAAGCCCGAAUCUCCCUUCAUAACGAGACAGCAUCUUGUUCAGAGCGGAGUUGGAGUAGGACACAGAAGACUAAAUCUAAUAAAUUUUAGAUUGUGGAGAACUGGACGCCGUGUAUUGGAUCUGCAUCCAAAUCAUCAAUGACUCCGAAAGGAUUACUCCCUUAAGAUUUACCGCGGGUAAAAUCAAAACACUCGACUGAUUUUAAAGAGAUCUUCAAGAGCGCGAGAUUUCCUGAAUCCGACUUUCCUGUAGGUUCGUUUAUAUUAUUGCGUUUAAAUAGCAGCGGUUUUCUGCCUUUGUUGAUAUAUUUAAAAUCGUAACUUUAUUGUAUGUGUUAUUUAUUGUAUCGUGAUGACUUUCUAGGCGAGCGUUUCUUUUAGAGUGAAAUGCCUAUUUAAAUGCCUUGCCUUUAAUUUUGUCAGUUACAGAACUUUUCCAGACUUCAUUAGGCUACUUAAAAAUCUGAUAUUUGAAUAGACUAGUAAUUACUGCCUAUUUAAAUAGACUAUUAAUUAGUGUUUUAAAGUUUAGCAUUUGUUCUUUUGUGAUACUAAGUAGGCUCUACCCUAUUAAUUGCAAACUAAACAAUUAAGAUUAGUCAGUCAAGAUCAGAUUUUUAAUAUUUUAAAAAUGGAUAAAUACGACGAUUUGGGACUGGAGGCGAGUAAAUUUAUUGAAGAUCUCAAUAUGUACGAGGCAUCCAAGGACGGGUUGUUCAGAAUGAAAAGAGACGCCAGCAAUAAUCCGGAUUUUGAAGAAACCAGGAGAGUGUUUGCAUCUAAAAUGACGAAAAUCCAUAUGCAAAAACAACAAGAGGAAAUGGCAAGAAACAGUUUGGCAGCAAGGGUGAACGGAGGUUACGGUGGUCACGGCAGAGCUCCAGACGGCACGUGUUACACCAAAGACAGGCCGCCGAUCAACAACUACAGACAAAUGAGUGAAGCAGCGGCCAAACCUCCAAUACUGUCUGGCCCCACAUCAAGCCCUGUCAGCGCGAAUCAGUACAUCGCUUACGAUGGACAAAAACAGCAUCGAGCAGCCCCGCACGAAGUUCCUGGUAGCAGAGGAUACAGCUACGGCAACAGUUACGAUAACAAGGAGGGAUUGGAGCUGCACUCUUACCAAGCCUCAUCGCCCAUAAGCCCAGGCGCUUCUCAUUACAGUGCACUGUCACUGCCGACGCACGGCAGCCUCCCAUCCAGCCCAGCAGCAGGAUGGAGUCUCUCUCGGAGUGGCCACCCCGUUCAGGGAGCUCCAAACUCUGGUGGGGCCAUGGCAUUCGAGCUUCCACCAGCUCAGCAGCAGCACCACCAUCAUCAGCAGCAGCAGGCUUCGCCUGUGUGCCAGAAGCCUGCCUUUCUCUCCAGUACUUCAACGGCCCCUACACUGCUGUCCCCAGGUGCCUCCGGGGCCCCCCAGACCCCGGUGGCAACACCUCCAGCCCGCCAGCCGCCACCCUCGUUGUCCCUGGAGCCCAUGCUGAAUGUUCCCUCUCAACCUGCUGCGGGUGCUGCGCCCUCAGACCGGGUUAGAGGCAAGGGUGGGGACCCCACUGCUGACCUGUACCACCAGCAGGCCUCCGCAAUCCCUUACGCUGCUCCACACCCUCAUCCCCUCGGAGAAGGGGCUAGCAAAGAGAAUGGGGUGUCCCUCAUUCCCUUUGCGACUGCCCAGCCAUUACCUGGGCAGCCCCCAGUAUCCUCUCCUCCACCCCAGCCUGCCACUGUUGGGACAGAGGGCCAUGCCUCUGCCUCUGGCUUUAGCACACCCUCCAUGAGCUGUGCUCAGGCUCAAGAUCCUAGCAGCCUGGUGGCCACAGUCCUGCCUGCCCCUCAGGAUCCAGGCAGCCAACCACCCUCCUCUCCACAGGCGUGUGCCAGUGAACUUCCCUUACAGGAAGCCCAAAGCCCCCCCAGAGCGCUCAAACUGCCCUGCCAGACACUCCUUAUACAGCCCGAGUCAGGGCCAACAGCAGCUGAAAUAAAAUUAGAAGCGCUCACAAAGCGUCUGGAAAAGGAGAUGGAUGCCCAGCCAAAGGCCGACUACUUUGGGAGCUGUGUGAAGUGUAACAAGGCAGUGUAUGGAGCCAGUCAAGCCUGCCAGGCUAUGGGGAGCCUCUACCACGACGCCUGCUUCACCUGCAGCGCCUGCAGUCGAAAGCUGCGGGGGAAAGCAUUUUACUAUGUCUGUGGAAAAGUGUUUUGUGAAGAGGAUUUCCUGUACUCUGGGUUCCAGCAGUCGGCAGACAAGUGCAAUGUAUGUGGGCAUCUAAUAAUGGACAUGAUCCUGCAGGCACUGGGCAAAUCCUAUCACCCAGGCUGCUUUCGCUGUGUCAUCUGCAAUGAGAGCCUAGAUGGUGUGCCAUUCACUGUGGAUACGGAGAACAAGAUUUACUGCGUCAAGGAUUACCACAAAGCAAGGGUCCUGGCGCCCAAGUGUGCAGCAUGUGGCCAACCAAUCCUGCCCUCUGAGGGCUCUGAUGAAACAGUCCGAGUCGUGUCUAUGGAUAAGGAUUACCAUGUGGAGUGUUACCACUGUGAGGAUUGUCAUAUGGAGCUGAAUGAUGAGGAGGGACGUCGCUGCUACCCACUGGAUGGGCAUCUGUUGUGCCAUGCUUGCCAUCUUAAGCACAUUGAGCCUAACUGCUCGUCACCUGCUUCCGCUGUCUACCAGCACCAGUUCUAGAGGCUUGGCACCAUCUGCUGGCUCUUAGGAGAAACUGGCCUUCCCGUUCAGACCCUGCCAAAGCCAACAUCAACCACUAUGGAAUUCACUGUGUAGAACAUUUCAGAGCAAAGUGACUGAUUAUAACCCUGUGUUGUUUAUGGACUUUAAGUAAACUCAAAACCAAAAUAAACAAAGAAAAAAUAUUGAAGGAAGGAAGAAAUGGUUUUUUUAAAGGUUAUGACUAUUAUUACAUUUCAAAACUCUUUGUUUUUAAAGUAGAAAAUAUUGUCGUGUGCUGGUAUACUGAAACAAUAUUUUACUUUGUAAAAGUUAUCAAACCCAAAAGCUUGUGCCCUGUGCUUAUAUGUGUUUCACAUGGUUUUUUAAAGUUAGGGAAGACUAGACAUAGCAGGGUGGGUUUUCUGUUUUGCUGCAUGUUUAUGAACUAAGAGGAGAGCUGCAUCAAAAUGCCUGGAUAUAAUUCAGAAAAACCACCCCAUACUGGCCAGUGACAUGGUCUCAUAUGUAUUAGCACCUUGUAAAUGGAGUUUGCUAAAAAAAAUUCUCAAACAUGGAUUAAUUAUUCUCAGUUUGAGCUUGAAUUAUUGUCAACAUCCCAUAUAUUCUUAUAUUUAACAGCAAGGGAAUGAACACUUUAGCUUUUUUCCAUCCUAUUACAUUAGGCCUGGUGUCUCUUGCUCCCAUGUAUUUUUAUUGUGUAUUUUUUUUUUUUUUUUUUUUUGCGCAAUGCUGGCAGGUUGAAUCCAAACUAACACAUUGAUUUCACCUUUUUAAGUUUUGUAUCAUUGAUAUUGGAAGACAACAUGGUUUGGUGUUCGCCAAAUUUAGUGGUGAUUUACCAAGUCAGCGUACUUUUGUUAUAGAAGAAAACCAUCACUAAAGGUAAUGUUUCAAAAUGCAGUUAUACAACCUUAUUAUAUAUAAAUAGUGCGUGCAUGUAUGUGUGUGAGAGAGAAAGAAUGUUUCAAGAGAGAAAAUUUCAUGUUCCUAUUUUGUGGUUGUUAUUUUAAAUGUGAUAUAUCCUGCUUAUUACACAAUGUGUAUGAGCGGGAAAGGCAUGAAGAAUAUUCCAGGUUAGGUCACUGCCAGAACCAACAUUCAGUCCUUUUGGUGCUGAAACAUGGUGAUGCCGAGUCUGAUUUUGUCCUACUUGGACCAUCUUUUAUAUUUAUAGUAUUUCUGUAAAUCCCAUCAAAAUAUUUCAAUUUAAAAUUAGCAGUGAUCUUUUAGGCAUGAUCUUAACAUCUCUACAGUGCUGUCAAUAACUUAUUUCAAAAUUGCAUUUGUUAUAUAGUUAAUUUUUGUAAUCAUAUUAAAGGUAAUCUGAAAUUGUAUUUAAGAUCUGUGUCCACAUUCUUUUCCAGUUCUGUGGUGUAACACAUCACUAGUAUUAUAAUUGCAACAAAAAAAAAAAAAUGAUGGCAGGUUCUGUCCUCUGUAUGACUGAUUAUAGCCAAUGAUAUUCUAUGCUGUUGCACUGUUUUGCUUCAUGUAUUUAAAGUCUGUUCUUAUGUUGCAUUUAGUGUCCACUUAUUUUGAAAUAUGACAGGUGAAAAGAAAUGAACAUGUGAAACAAUGAUUUUAAAUUAAAUCUGUCAUCAAGCUGUGUUUCUAUUCCAUUCAGUUACUUCACCAUUUCUUGGAUAACAUUAUUUAAAUUAUGUACAAUAAAUGGUGUAAAUACAA